CCUUCCCGUUGCUUUCGCCUCUCUCUCCACCAUUUCUUUGGGGCCAUCGCUUCCUCUUCCUUCGCCUCUCCGCUUCGGAUCUCGGAAUCUUUCACCAAAUCCCGGCCCGGUUCGUAGCCAAAAUUUGGGUUAGGGUUCCCGAAACCCUAAUCACCCCAAUGCAAUUUCCCCAUACAAAUUGCGUAUAGGGCGUUCAAUUGUGGUUUCUGUAGGCAAAUUUGCCUUCAAUUUGGAUCAAAAGAGGCGAAAUUAGGGUUUAGGGAUCGGGUCUCAUGCUCCUGAGCAAGGGACUCGGGGUGCGGCUCGGGGAAGCGCUUUCGCCCCCCGCGAUCCUGCUGCGGCCGCCGGUGAAGAUGGCAUCGUGGGGAUUGGAUUCGCGGGGCGGCGCGGCGGCCGCGGCGGGGAUCGCGGUGGCGCGGGGCGGAGGGGAGGGGCGGGGGGAGCUCGUGGGGGGGUUCAGCCACGAGAGCGAGCACGACCUCGCGAUGAUGGUGAGGGACUUCGUAGAGAACGGGAGCAGCGGCGCUGAUUCGCGCUACAGCAGCGACAGCGAUUCUGGGUUCUCCGAUCUCGGGCACCUCGCCGAGAAGAUUCUGUUCUAUAAACGAGCCGUGGAUCAACAUGAGAGCGAUAUGCUUUUUGUUGUGCAUUCACUCUUGCUCUCUAUCAAGGAGUCGGAUCUUUGUACAGUUAAAAACGGGCAAUGCAAUGCCAGCUGUAUUCGACACUCACUAGUAAAGCUCCUGAGACAUUCUGGUUAUGACGCAGCCGUGUGCUCAUCCAGAUGGCAGGGAUUGGACAAAGUCCCUGGAGGUGAUCAUGAAUAUAUUGAUCUUCUUAUGACGGGCAACACUGGGAUGUAUGAGCGUCUGAUCAUUGAGAUUGAUUUUAGAAGCCACUUUGAAAUAGCAAGGGCAGUUGAAUCGUAUGAUGCUAUCUUGAAUUCUCUCCCGGCUGUAUUUGUUGGCACUUUACCUAGACUGAAACAAUUCUUGCAAAUCAUGGUUGAAGCUGCAAAAUGGUCUCUCAAGCAGAAUUCGAUGCCUCUCCCUCCAUGGAGAUCCUUGUCUUAUUUACAAGCAAAGUGGCACUCAAAGUACGAAAGGAAGGUCGCUUCCACCGAUCUAGAGUUUCCCAGAAGCUUCUCCGACCACAAGCAGUGCAGUGGGCAUCUGACGUGGCUGCAAUCCUGUUUGAGGUCGGAAAUUGAAACUGAGCGGCUGCUAAAUCCCAUUAUCACAGAAAAGAAACGCAGGGCAAAGUUUGAGAGGGGGCGGAUCUCCCCCCUCAGUAGCUAAUAGAGGUGUAAAAAUAAUUGCAGAGAGGUGAAUUCUUUUUGUUCUUUCCAAUAAGACGAAACCUCAAUUGGUGAUAAAGCUGAUGGGGGGUUUUCACGGCCAACGAUAGAGAGAAUAAAAUGCCAAUUUUUUUUCGAAGGCUACGGAUAUUUAAAGUUUCGGUUUUCUCCAAUUAACUUUUUCUCUCGGCCAGCAGGAAGGGAACACCGAAUAAAGGGUGCUUGCGGUGAACCUGCUGCAUAGUAUGUUGUGCAGAACACUUUGUUCCAUUCGUUUUCUGGAGUGUUUUUUUUUUUUUUCUUUUCUUUUCUUCGUUUUAUUCAUACAGAAAUUCUUUGGAUUUCUUUAUAAAAGAGUUGCUUGUUGUUUUGUCCCACAAGUAUUCACAUUUUGUUGUCGAAGACACGUUUGGAUACUAUAAUCGUUUCUUAUAAAAGAUGAGAGCUAAAGUUUGCUGUAA